AUUUGAAUUCACAUUUUUGCUUGAACCAGUCGUAAAUUUAUGAAAACCCAAGAUCAGCUGCAUGGGUGCUGAUGAAAGGAAGGCGGGAGUGGUCCUCUGACUUGUUUCUUAGUAUCGCGGGCUCCCAAUYGAACUCACAUUCAAACAAACCAAAACUGUAGCUGUCUGGAGCUGAGGUUAAAGGGUUUUUCAAGAUGAUGAAAUCCAUGGCCAUUCAGUUAUUUUUGCUGUCCUUUGUGCUAGUGACGUUCUCAUGCAAUCCAGGUUCCAACAGCGUUCAACACRAGGAGUUGAGUAAAGACCAGUCAGGCUUGAGAUGGCUGACAGAUAUCAUCACUUGGAUCACAUGGCUACUUCGCAGUAUUCUUUCUGUCGUUUACUUCAUUAUUUAUACAGUUGUACUAUUUUUGAACUAUUUUAUGGCCACAUUGUUCAGCCUUUUGCAUCAGUUCAUCAAACUCAUUGAGUUCCUUUGGUACCUUGUUCGGCUUGUUCUGCAAGCUAGCCACAACUUCCUGUCAUCUUGCUUUUAUAAUACAAGAAUGCGAUCAAUCGUUCAAAACUCAUACAUAUUCCUUAAAGAUCUGCUUGUAUCUACUGCAAGAACUUUCCUAUCGUUAAUGAAAACGAUUCUUGACUUUUUACUUCACAUAAUAUUCAACAUGCCAAAACUGUUAAAAGUCAUAAUUGAUCUGCUGUAUACUGUUAUCCUGUGGUGUGGUCAUUUUUUGCUGUUUAUUGGAAAAAAUAUCAUAUCCCUAGCAUUCAAAAURAGCCAAAGUACGAUGCAUUUGUUUCAAAGGAUAUGGGCUGCUAUUAAAACAUUUGGCCCAAUCAUUUUCACUUAUACAAAAUCUUUAUUCUAUGGAGUAUUGCAGUUUAUUCAAGCUAUCUUCCCAAUCUUCUAUGAUGUCAUAAUGACAAUUUUGAAGACAAUUGGAUUGUUUGUUGGACACUGUGGUAGAUUUGUAUUGAACACUUUCAUAGCGCUUGCAAGGUUUGUUUAUAACAUGGCUAGAACCAUUAUAGAAAUGGGCACUCAGCUUAUCCCAAGCAUCAAAGCAAUUAAAGCAUUUGGUACAUCGACAUUGAACACUUUAAAAGUCGUAAUAGACCUGCUUUAUACUGGUAUCCUAUGGUGUGGCCAUUUUUUGCUGUUAAUUGGAAAGAAUAUCAUAUCCCUUGCAUUCAAAAUAAGCCAAACUAUGAUUCAUUUGUUUCAAAGGAUAUGGGCUGCUAUUAAAACAUGUGGCUCAAUUAUUUUCACUUGUGCGAAAUCUUUAUUCUAUGGAGUAUUCCAGUUUAUCUUCACAGUCUUCAAUAAUGGCAUGUCAAUUUUGGGUACAAUUGGAUUGUUUGUGGAACACUGUGUCAAAUUUGUAUUGAACAUUUUCAUAGAUCUUGCAAGGCUUGUUUAUUACAUGGCUAAAACCAUUACCACGGGCACUCCGUUUACCCCAAACAUCAAAGCAAGUAAAGUAUCUGUCAUGAGCAUGUUUCUAAUUAUCACUUCCAUAACAUUGGCAGUUUUUAAAAUCAAUAUAUUUAUUCUUGGCUUUGGCUACUUGGAAUCUUUAAUCCAGUAUGUGACAGCAUUGAAAAGAUCAGUGAAUAAUCAACAAACAGUCAUUGACAAUAGCAGACAAAGUUCUAAUUCCACACCUCRAAAUGAAAAAAGUUUGCGACGUCAACUGGAGCUUGAAAAAGACAAGACUUUGUGUGUUGUUUGCCAAGGUGAAGUGAAAAAGAUUCUCUUUUUACCAUGUCGACACUUGUGCACAUGUGUCAAGUGUGCUAAACUCAUUGAUACAAAAUUUGACCAACUCUGUCCUCUAUGCCGUACUCAAGUUAAAUCUACGAUGGAGGUGUAUUUAUAAAAUAAAACUCCAGAAGUGAAAACUAAAACUUGCAGCCAGCUCCACAGCAGACCAUAAAAAAGUCUUGUACUAAAAUUGUAGCACUGCCAACAGCAUGGCAACUUGUUAUUUGUUUAGUAUUAAUCUAAAAGAUAACCAAGGUAUUGUUAAAUUG